AUGCCAGUCCAGCGAAUUUUCUUCGGCUGGCCGGUGCCUGCAAUGCCACCACGAAGGAUAGCAGUCCUCCUAGGCUCCAUCGCUCUGUUCGCAGUCAUCACGCUCGUAUUCACGCUGCCGAAUUCGAUACCCUCAGGCCCAUCACUGGGCAGGUUCACAGACCACAAAAUCUCCCUUCCGAAGCUUCCCAAGACCUUCUCAUCACCGAGCAUCCUCUCCCCCUUCCGAGUAGCGGCACACCCACCCCCAGUGCUAAAGAAUACCACGAGUGGCGACUCAAAGUGGUAUAGCAAUUGGAACUGGCUGAGUCCUUUUUCGUCUUCCGUUACCCUGGAUGAAAAUCGCUCACUCCUCCCACCUCUCAACGAACGGCCUCCGAUUUAUACCUACUACGACCACACACAGAAAAAGGCCGCGGACCUAAAGGCUGCUGAUAACGCUCUUCUCCUUACCUGGAGGCGGGCUUGGUGGGCACAAGGGUUUCAACCUAUCAUCCUCAGCCCCGCCGAAGCCCUGAACAAUCCAUUGUAUGCAGAGCUGCAGACGUUAGAGCUGGAUAGCACCCUGAAGGUCGAGCUAUCGAGAUGGCUUGCGUGGGAGAAUAUGGGAACUGGAAUACUUUGUAACUACCUUGUAUUUCCGAUGGGUGCCCAGGAGGAUCAUCUGCUAUCCUUCCUGCGCCGAGGGAAAUACCCCAAAUUGACAAGGUUCGAAAAUCUGGGUCACGGUAUAUUUGUUGGAUCCAAGGCCGAGAUUACCGCGGCCGUGAAGACCGCCCUGGACAACCCAGAGCUGAAGACUGCGAAAGACUUCAUUAGCACUGUCCCUAAAGAAACCUUUCAGGUCGAUCCUCACCACGAAUCUGUCGCCUACUACGACCCGGUUGUGGUGAAAAACAAAUACCCAAAGAUUGACGAAGCUAUAUCGAAGGGCGCAAAUGGGCUAGAGAUCCUAAACAAACUCAUUAUCUCCCAUCUACAUGGCACCUGGCGGAAUAGGUUUUCCAAAGGUAUUGCCGUACUUAAGCCGGAACCUGACCACAUGUCCGCAGCUAUCGAGCCGGCAUUCACAUUGGCAGAGUUCCUAGCCCAAUGCCCCGAGUCACCAAUGCCAUCGUCUUGCCCUCCGAACCGCCCAAAAUGUAGCCCAUGCAUGGCCUCUACCCCGCUGAAAAUCUCUACACCCCCAACAUAUAGGAAUACCUCGGAACUCUAUACGAUCGGCACUGUUCCACAUCCGUUCACCAUGGCAGUUCUAAGUUCAUUCCGCGAUAAUAUCGACGUACCUUGGAUCCGACGAGAAUCGUCGCGCGAUCCGUGGAUCACAGCACUCACAAAAGAGGUCUCAGGAACCGGAGUAUCAUCCGCUCCGCGUAUUAUAAAAUUCAAAGAAGCAGUUGCAAGUGAACAUGGAACUUUCCAUACCCUCUGGUUGACGGCGGAGAAGGAGGUCCCACAAGAUCUGGAUUGGCGUUUCGGCUUCACCAUCCCUCGGAAUGCCACGGACACUGGCAAAUCGGAGACUCCUGUCCCCGGCCCCGAGCGAAGACCCCAGCCUAAACCCGACCCAAAGAAUGGACCGGUAGCUAAUCCAGAUGAUGUGAAGAAAGAGCGGGAACUUCUGAAACGUGCAAAGGACUUUGGACAAGCCAGAACGCCUGCCGAAGAAAAGCUUCGGGGUGCGAUUGAGGCGUGGAAUUUGGCUGAUACGGAGGCUUGGAGAUUCGCCCGAGCGUUCUUGGCAAGGUCCCGUGUAGAGCGGUUGAAGUGGGAGGAAGAGGAGAAGCACUAUGUGGGAGGCGCGGGCGCUGAAAGGGGGAAGAGCUCGGGGUGGGGGAGGUGGUUUGAUGACUGA